GAAAGCUUGUGUGUCAGGGCGUAGCGAGUGUGGCCUGGAGAAAGAAGGCGUGGAGAGCGGUGCGGAGAGCAGGGGGAGGAGGGGAGCGAGAGCGAGGGAAUAAAUAUAUAAAUAAAUACGGAAAAGAAAUCCACUCGGCAGCCUCUCGGCUCAGAAACUUUGGCCGGAGCGCUAGAGCCUGCGCGUCGCUCGCCAGUCCGAGGCGGGGGGCCCUGACUCCGGCCGCGUCCCCCAGCCCCGCUCCGCGGCCCGGCCUCGUCUCCGGGGUCUGCCCGGCGCAUCCGCCCGCACAACUUCUGGCCGAGCGGAGCGGGCAGAGGCGGACUUGGGGUUGGCGCGUUUGUUUGUUUGAACUUCCUGGUCGCCACCUUCCCUCCCCCCAACCUCCGCCCCCACCUCGCCCCCCUCCCCAGCUUCUGGACGCAUUUGACUGCAGCCGGGGGUGGGGGGGUGGGGUAGGGAGUGUGUGUGGAGUGGUGGGGAAGAGGGUGAAAAAAAAGAGGAAGGAAAGAAAGAGAUCGCAGCAGGGGUAAAGGGAGCAGAGGAAAGCGAUUUUGCCGACUCUGGAUUCGUCCCCGGCGUGCGCAAGAAUGGCGGCCCUUCCCGGCACGGUACCGAGGAUGAUGCGGCCGGCGCCCGGGCAGAACUAUCCGCGCACCGGCUUCCCUCUGGAAGUGUCCACCCCGCUUGGCCAAGGCCGGGUCAAUCAGCUUGGUGGGGUCUUCAUCAACGGCCGACCCCUGCCUAACCACAUCCGCCACAAGAUAGUGGAGAUGGCCCACCAUGGCAUUCGGCCCUGUGUCAUCUCCCGCCAGCUGCGUGUCUCUCACGGCUGCGUCUCCAAGAUUCUCUGUCGCUACCAGGAGACGGGGUCCAUCCGGCCUGGGGCCAUCGGCGGCAGCAAGCCCAGACAGGUGGCGACUCCCGAUGUGGAGAAAAGGAUCGAGGAGUACAAGAGGGAAAACCCGGGCAUGUUCAGUUGGGAGAUCCGAGACCGGCUGCUGAAGGACGGGCACUGUGAUCGGAGCACCGUGCCCUCAGGUUUAGUGAGUUCGAUUAGCCGCGUGCUCAGAAUCAAGUUCGGGAAGAAAGAGGAGGACGACGAAGCGGACAAGAAGGAGGACGACGGCGAGAAGAAAGCCAAGCACAGCAUCGACGGCAUCCUGGGCGACAAAGGGAACCGGCUGGACGAGGGCUCGGACGUGGAGUCGGAGCCCGACCUCCCUCUGAAGCGCAAGCAACGCCGCAGUCGGACCACGUUCACGGCCGAGCAGCUGGAGGAGCUGGAGAAGGCCUUCGAGAGGACUCACUACCCGGACAUCUACACCCGCGAGGAGCUGGCCCAGAGGACCAAGCUGACGGAGGCGCGCGUGCAGGUCUGGUUCAGUAACCGCCGCGCCCGUUGGCGUAAGCAGGCAGGAGCCAACCAGCUGGCAGCGUUCAACCACCUUCUGCCAGGGGGCUUCCCGCCCACCGGCAUGCCCACGCUGCCCCCCUACCAGCUGCCGGACUCCACCUACCCCACCCCCACCAUCUCCCAAGACGGGGGCAGCACUGUGCACCGGCCCCAGCCCCUCCCGCCGUCCACCAUGCACCAGGGGGGCCUGGCUGCGGCAGCCGCGGCCGCUGACACCAGCUCUGCCUACGGAGCCCGCCACAGUUUCUCCAGCUACUCCGACAGCUUCAUGAACCCGGCAGCGCCCUCCAACCACAUGAACCCCGUCAGCAACGGCCUGUCUCCUCAGGUGAUGAGCAUUCUGAGCAACCCCAGUGCCGUGCCACCGCAGCCGCAGGCCGACUUCUCCAUCUCCCCGCUGCACGGCGGCCUGGACGCGGCCACCUCCAUCUCGGCCAGCUGCAGCCAGCGGGCUGACUCCAUCAAGCCGGGAGACAGCCUGCCCACCUCCCAGUCCUACUGCCCGCCCACCUACAGCACCACCGGCUACAGCGUGGACCCCGUGGCUGGCUACCAGUACGGCCAGUAUGGCCAGACUGCUGUUGAUUACCUGGCCAAAAACGUGAGCCUUUCCACACAGCGUCGCAUGAAGCUUGGGGAGCACUCUGCUGUGCUGGGACUCCUGCCUGUGGAAACUGGCCAGGCCUACUAAGGCCCCUGGGGUGACUUGCCCCAGCCCAAGUCCCAGCCCAACCUUUACUGAUCCCUGAGCCUCCCAGCCUCAGUCCCUUCAUUGCCCUGGGGUCCCACAAGGCCAGGAAAGGAGCCCAUUCCCUUCUCAUAGCCAGUCCUCUGGAGAUGUGCAGCCAGUCAACCAUUUGCCUGUGGUUAGGGACCUAGAGUGACCCC